AUGGCCUCAUGGAGCCGAGAGGCGGUGCUGAGUCUCUACCGGGCUCUGCUGCGCCAGGGCCGGCAGCUUCGCUACACUGAUCGAGACUUCUACCUUGCCUCCAUCCGCCGAGAGUUCCGGAAAAAUCAGAAGCUAGAGGACCCUGAGGCCCGGGAGAGGCAGCUGGAAAAGGGCCUGGUCUUCCUCCACAGCAAAUUGGGAGGGCUUGUUUAG